UAUGGUCACGGACGUGGAGGCUACGGCGGCGGUGGUUACGGAGAUGACCACAAAGGUUACGGAGAUGACCACAAAGGUUACGGAGAUGACCACAAAGGUUACGGAAAUGACCACAAAGGUUACGGUGAUGACCACAAAGGUUACGGAGAUGACCACAAAGGCUAUGGUGAUGACCACGGACGUGAUGACCACAAAGGUUACGGAGAUGACCACAAAGGCUAUGGUGAUGACCACAAAGGCUAUGGUGAUGACCACGGACGUGGGGGCUACGGACGCGGACGUGGCGGCUACGGGCACGGACGUGGGGGUUAUGGUCACGGACGUGGAGGCUACGGACACGGCCGAGGACGCUCGGGCUAUGGCGGUGGACACGGCCGUGGAGGGUACGGCUCCGGACGUGGAGGUUAUUGAGUGCAGAAACUGCGCGGACGACGUUGAGGCGCG